AGGUUAGGAGAAUUUACACAGCAUGUUAGGGUAAUUAACGGAGCACGUUAGGAUAGUUAGGUUAAGAUUUGGAUAAAGUUCAGAGUUAGCUAAAAUGACAAAAUAAAUACACUUUUGACAAAAGCUGUAGCCUUUCUAGCCAUGACCACUUACUGGGUGAAAGGUGAUGAGAAGCGCUGCAUACACCACGAGCGGAGCAACAACACAAGCUACCGCAAGCGCCUUCCUCUACAGUCUAGUCUAGAAAAUAGCCGCAACAUUAUUUUUAUUUUGAAUGGACGAUCGAAAACAACUUUUCACAUAUCGGAAUUCGCAAAAUAUCACAAAAUUAUAAGGUGACAUGACCAACCAGGUGUCAGAGUUCCCCACUGAGCGGACGUUCCAGUACCAGCAUAGCCUGCCUCCUCUCCCUGUACCGUCUCUAGAGGGGAGCCUCGCCAAGUACCUGGAUGCAGUGCGGCCGUUUGCUACAGAGGAGGAGUACCAGGUGACUGCAGCCGUAGUGAAGAGGUUUGGAGAGGGCAUCGGCAAAGACCUGCACCAAAAACUACUGCAGAGAGCCAGGACACGCAGGAACUGGUUGGAGGAGUGGUGGUUGGAUGCAGCCUAUCUGGAAUUGCGUUACCCCUCCCAGUUGAAUGUGAACUUCGGAGGUCCUGCACCCUACCUAGAGCACUGCUGGCCCCCUACAGAGGGAGUACAGCUACAGAGGACCAGCAUAAGCAUGUGGCACACUCUACAGUACUGGGACCUGCUUCGCACGGAGAGGCUGGACCCUCAUAAAGCUGGUAAUGUGGUGUUGGAUAUGGACCAGUUCAGAAUGCUGUUCUGUACAUGUAAAGUUCCUGGAGUCACCAAGGAUACCAUCAUCAACUACUUUAAGACAGAGAGCGAGGGUCCAUGCCCCUCCCACGUGGUGGUGAUGUGUAAGGGGCGUUUCUUCUCGUUUGAUGCAGUGUGUGACGGACACAUUCUUACCCCUCCAGAGCUGCUCAGGCAGCUGACCCAUGUGAAGCAGUGUUGUGAAGGGGAGCCAGCGGGAGAUGGUGUCGCCGCUCUCACCUCAGAGGAGAGGACACGCUGGGCUGAGGCCAGGGAGUAUCUGAUAGGUAUAGAUCCAGCCAAUAAGACCAUCUUAGAGAUCAUCCAGAGCAGUCUGUUUGUGGUCUCACUGGACGAUGCUAAACCCUACGCUACUGCAGAGAACUACACACCAGUGACCCGGGAAGCGCUGACAGGAGACCCCACCAUCCGCUGGGGAGACAAGUCCUACAACUCCCUCUCCUUCGCCGACGGAACCUUCGGAUCCAAUUGUGACGUGUGUUACUGUUUUGUAGAGCGAGAGAUGAUUGCUCCUCUUGUUAGCAGUAGUGUAAUGAUGUUUUGUUGUGAGUGUGCUCCUAUGUAUGGUAAUUGCUGGUGUGUGUUGCAGCAUGCCCCCUACGAUGCCAUGGUGCUGGUAACUCACUGUUACUAUGUGGAUCAGCAGCUCAAAGCUACAGAUGGCAAGUGGAAGGGCACUGAGACGGUGCGGCCUAUGCCUCUUCCUGAAGAGUUGGUCUUCACUGUGGAUGACAGAGUCAGGAGUGACGUUGCACAUGCCAAGCAACAGUACUUUGAGACUACUCAGGACUUGCAGGUGGUGUGUUAUGCGUUCACCUCGUUUGGGAAAGCAGCCAUCAAACAGAAGAAGCUCCACCCAGACACCUUCAUACAACUGGCCCUUCAACUGGCUUAUUACAGACAGCAUGGGAGGUUAGGUAGUUGCUAUGAGACAGCGAUGACCAGAAGGUUCUACCACGGUAGGACUGAGACCAUGAGGCCCUGUACCCUGGAGGCACAGAAUUGGUGCCAUACCAUGCUCCUCCCUGCAGCCAGCGCUGAGGCUAAGAGGAAAGCCCUGCUGCUGGCCUUCAACAAGCACAACAAACUGAUGGCUGAGGCACAGAACGGAAAAGGUUUUGACAGACAUCUCCUGGGCCUUUACCUGAUUGCCAAGGAGGAGGGACUUCCUAUGCCAGACCUUUUCACUGAUCCACUGUAUUCCAAGAGUGGCGGGGGCGGUAACUUUACCCUGUCCACCAGUCUGGUUGGCUACACCACAGUCCUGGGAGCGGUUGCUCCCAUGGUGCACCAUGGCUACGGGUUCUUCUACCGCAUCGGAGACGACAGGAUCGUGGCUUCCUGUACAGCGUGGAAGUCCAGUCAAGAGACAGAUGCAGAGACACUGUUCCAGAACCUGGUUACCUCCCUACAUGAGAUGUUACAUCUCGCUACCACAGCUCAGCUCUAACACACACACACACACACACACACACACACACACACACACACACACACACACACACACACACACACACACACACACAGUUUGUAGAUGGUAGUCAGUAAUAGUUUAGUUCUGCACAGAUCAAUGCAAAGGCACAUUUAUUGUUUUCUACAUUUAAAAAAUAAAAAUGUAUGAUUUGUUUAAAUGCAGCUCAACAAAUUAGUUAAUUUUGCACUUAGUGAAUCAUUCUCUGUGAUUUUAUGUAGCAGCUAGAUCAGAGAUUCUGUUUAGAUGUCUUCUGUUUUUAUGUUGUGAGAAACAUUUAGUGUUAACCCAUGCCAUGCACUGUACACCGCUAAGCUAACAUACACAUCCUAACUCGCCGUCACCAUACACUUCCACUCUGCAGUGACCAGCGUAGCAUCGCGUCACCUGUCCCUGGUCAUUAGUGAAUCAUGAAUAGUAUUAUUUUUCUACAUUGAUUGGCUUUUCCAGAAGAGUGACUGAGGCAUAGAUGUUCUUGGUUGGUUGAAAUGACUCUUAGAACGUAACUGUCGUCGUAGCUGUGAAAUUGAGAAACAGAGAACCGGGUCAUGUUGUCUUUGACUACCGUCUCACCUCAGGCCCCAUGGGUAUUAUAUAAGGGCCCUACUCAAUCAAAACUGUCCAGUUUCCAGGGCAAGAAAAAUGAUUGUUUUUAUGUUUUGCACAUCAGUAGAGGAUUAUGCAUUUGGCUGGAUAUGAUCAAUGAAACGGUGUUUGGGUGAGACGGAAGGAAACCCAAGUAAAUGAUAAUGUGCCUUUUUGCUGUGUCCUUAUUUUAGUCUGUCCCCAGAGAUCUGGUUAGUGGUUUUGAUUGAAUAUCUCCCUAAUUGACCGGACUUUUUAGACUUUAAGCUGCUGAAUAGCUCUACCACUCCUAUGCCAGAUCCAUAGGCUGCCGCCCUAUGCAAUAUGCCAUUUUAUGUAGUAGAUGUCUGUAAUAAUGAACAUUCCUGUCACAAUAUACCCAUGAUACAUCACGGUUUUGAUGCUCUCGAACACGGCCAUUGUGUUCAUACCUUUCAGACAGUCUUGAGAUUUUCAGCAUGUUUUUUUGUUGUAAAUGAUAGAAAAGUGAUAAAAGACGAGCGCUGGAUUUGAUUCACUCAACAAAAUGAAAAGAAGCUGUUUUAAUGCCUAAAGUAGUGAAAAUGAUGUAACCCACUUUACAGUAGGAAAAUUAUAGUUUUGACUUGACUGACAAUGUAAACUUGGAAAAUGUUUUAUUGAAUAUGAAAGUUGUUUAGUGUGAUUGAACUGACAAAUCAAAGUGAUUGAAUCAUGUCAUGAGCCCAAAUAUUCAAAUAAAACAUCUUUAUUAAUGAUA